GCCCACGGCCUGGAUCUAGAACGAUUUGGGACAGCGAUCCGUGCGGGUGUAAUACGAUGUCUAUAGCAGCGGCCUUUAAGGAUCACGAAAUCUUCGUAACCGGCGCCUCGGGUUUCAUUGGAAAGGCCCUCAUCGAAAAGCUGUUGCGAUCAUGCCCCAGUCUCAAGAAAAUCUACGUUCUGAUGCGGCCCAAAAAGGGGCACAGCAUCGAGGAGCGCCUGCAGAUGCAGGGGGAGUCAAAAUUGUAUAAACGCCUGCAUAAGGAGCAGCCGGAGGCGUGGUCCAAGCUAGUGCCCAUUGCCGGCGACGUGGAGCAGCUGGGCCUGGGCAUUUCUGAGGCGGAUCUGGAGAGGCUGCGUAACGUGACCAUUGUCUAUCACUCGGCGGCCAGUGUACGCUUCGAUGAUCCGCUGCGAUCCGCCAUUCUAAUGAACACACGCGGCACCCAUGAGCUGAUCAAACUGGCCCUGGCCUGGAACAAACUGAAGGCCUUCGUCCACGUGUCCACCACGUACUGUAACCCGAGCGUGCUGGAGGUGGAGGAGCGCAUAUAUCCGGCAAUUGCCGACUGGCGUACCACCAUUAAGCUGGCGGAGACCUACGAUGAGGAGACCCUCGACAUAUUCAACCUGAAAUAUGGAGACUUUCAGCCCAAUUCGUACACCUUCACCAAGAGUCUGUCCGAGCACGUGGUCAACGAUUACAAGGAUCAGCUGCCCAUCUUCAUAUUCAGGCCAUCUAUCGUGGUGUCCACCAUUGAUGAGCCUAUGCCUGGGUGGGCGGACAACUUUAACGGCCCCACCGGACUGCUGGUGGCCUGUGGCGUGGGCAUAUUGCGCUCCCAGAACUGCGAUCCCAAUGUUGUUUCCGAUUUCGUGCCCGCCGAUGUAGUGACACGCGGUCUGAUCCUGGCUGCGUACAAGUUCCUCGUUGAGCCAGAGGCAACGGCCAAGGAUAAGCCGCUCUAUGUGGUCAACUGUGCCACGGCCAAUAUCUCGAAAAUCACCAUGGGCGAGGUCAUCGAGAUUGGCAAGACCUACAUCCGUGAGAAUCCAUUCGAGAAGACGCUUUGGCUGCCCGGCGGCAGUAUUACGCCGUGCCCGGUUCUGCAUUUCAUACGGUUCUGCACCAUGCACCUUCUGAUGGCUGUUGUGGUCGACACUCUGCUGCGCUUGUACAACGAGAAGCCUUUCCUGAUGAAGCUGCAGCGACGUAUUUUCGCCGCCUUUAGUGCGCUGCAUGUGUUCGCCUCCACCGAGUGGCACUUUCACAAUCAGAAUUUCCGGUCCCUGCACGACCUGGUGUCCGCGAAAGAAGUUGACAUUUUUGGAUUUAUGCAGCAUGCAAACAUCGACUACGUGGAGUUCUUUCAGCAUGCCAUUCGUGGCGCCAAGGAGUUCCUGCUGCACGAGAGCCCCAAUAGCAGCAAAAGUGCCCGGUUCCGCGUGAAGGUCUUCUAUGUGCUGGACUCUCUGUGCCGGGCCAUUGUCUAUAGCUUUUUGCUGCGACUCAUCUAUAGAUUUGUUGUGAGCCUGUGGUAGUUCCACCGCCACCGCCACUCACACUACUAGAUUUAUUUUAUUUUUUUUUUACUUUCUUUCUCCAAAGUAGAUGCUUAGCACACCCUCUGCUGCAUAGUUGCACUUAAUUUUAAGGAAAAUUUAUAAAUUUUUUUGGUACUGGUAAA